UCUUGGCAGUUGAAGACAUCUGGGCAUAUGUUUUUGUGAAACACAUUGUAGAAAUGAAAACAAUGUUUAAUUUCAGCCUUAAUUUUGUCUAACGUGUAGUUUUGUUUUCUUACUGAAACUUAAUUUUGUAGUUUAGUAUGAAGUCUGGAGGUUUAAAUUUUUUGCUUUACAUUUUCUUAAUUUGGGGGCAAAAAUCUUAAGGGUUGUUACGUAAACCGGGGUGGGGGGAACCCCACUGCUUUGAAGGGAGUAGAAACAGGGAACAUAACUUUAUGCUUCUCCAAAUGUCUGUGUUGCUGUCAAGUGUGACUGAGUUCUUGAUUGCACUAUCGUUGCCUGAAGAAACAGGGCUAUUUUUUAAAAAUGAUUACUUAAUAAAAACAAACUUGGAACAGUAUAGAUUAUAGUCAUUACCUGAUAAUUUUCUUUGCCCAACUGAAUGUCUUCUGUAUAAUAGUUUAAAAUAAGCAUUUUUAAUGUUUGGAAAGCAGUAUUUAAAAAUUUGAUGUAAUAAUAGGAGUCUAUGUUUUAAUAAGGUUUUUUUUUAACCCUAAAAAAAAACUUCCUGUGGUAUACUAAAAUUUGGUAUUAAAUGUGUGCAAACAAUGCUGGAUUUAGAAGGUUUAGAUUCUAAUCCUGGUUCUUUCACUGAGCAGCCUUCUCUCUCUGGACAGAUCACUUGCCUUCUCAGAAUCUGUUUAGUUCUGUGCAAAGUGGAGUACUUAUCUCAAGAUUGUUCUGAGAGAAAUAGAUCCCAAAGGAAGUCUUCCAUUUGGUAAUUUAAUCAGUGCACUUGAAAUUAAGGAAUAAUGGACGUAGAAAAUGAGCAGAUACUGAAUGUAAACCCUGCAGAAAAUGCUGGGACUGAGGAUAUAAAGAACGAGAUAAAUGGAAAUUGGAUUUCGGCAUCCUCCAUUAAUGAAGCAAGAAUUAAUGCCAAGGCCAAAAGGCGACUGCGGAAAAACUCAUCCCGGGACUCCGGCCGAGGCGAUUCAGUCAGUGAUAAUGGAAGCGAAGCAAUUAGAAGUGGAGUAACUGUACCAACCAGUCCAAAGGGAAGGCUGCUAGAUCGGCGAUCUCGAUCUGGGAAGGGACGCGGACUACCAAAGAAAGGUGGUGCAGGAGGCAAAGGUGUUUGGGGUACACCUGGACAGGUAUAUGAUGUGGAGGAGGUGGAUGUGAAAGAUCCUAACUAUGAUGAUGACCAGGAGAACUGUGUUUAUGAAACUGUAGUUUUGCCUUUGGAUGAAACAGCAUUUGAGAAGACUUUAACACCAAUCAUACAGGAAUAUUUUGAGCAUGGAGAUACUAACGAAGUUGCGGAAAUGCUAAGAGAUUUAAAUCUUGGUGAAAUGAAAAGUGGAGUACCAGUGUUGGCAGUGUCCUUGGCAUUGGAGGGAAAGGCUAGUCAUAGAGAAAUGACAUCUAAGCUUCUUUCUGACCUUUGUGGAACAGUAAUGAGCACAAAUGAUGUAGAAAAAUCAUUUGAUAAAUUGUUGAAAGAUCUACCUGAAUUAGCGUUGGAUACUCCUAGAGCACCACAGUUGGUGGGCCAGUUUAUUGCUAGAGCUGUUGGAGAUGGAAUUUUGUGUAAUACCUAUAUUGAUAGUUACAGAGGAACUGUAGAUUGUGUACAGGCUAGAGCUGCUCUGGACAAGGCUACUGUGCUCCUGAGUAUGUCUAAAGGUGGAAAGCGCAAAGAUAGCGUGUGGGGCUCUGGAGGUGGGCAGAAGUCUGUUCAUCACCUUGUUAAAGAGAUUGAUAUGCUGCUGAAAGAAUAUUUACUCUCUGGAGACAUAUCUGAAGCUGAACAUUGCCUUAAAGAACUGGAAGUACCUCAUUUUCACCAUGAGCUUGUAUAUGAAGCCAUUGUAAUGGUUUUGGAGUCAACUGGAGAAAGUACAUUUAAGAUGAUUUUGGAUUUAUUAAAAUCCCUUUGGAAAUCAUCUACCAUUACUCUAGACCAAAUGAAAAGAGGUUAUGAGAGAAUUUAUAAUGAAAUUCCAGACAUUAAUCUGGAUGUCCCAUAUUCAUACUCUGUGCUUGAGAGAUUUGUAGAAGAAUGUUUUCAGGCUGGAAUCAUUUCCAAACAACUCAGAGAUCUUUGUCCUUCAAGGGGCAGAAAACGUUUUGUAAGUGAAGGAGAUGGAGGCCGUCUUAAACCAGAGAGCUACUGAAUAUAAGAACUUUUGCAGUCUUAGAUGUUACAAAAAAAAAAACCAAACAUACCUGAAUUGUAAGAGUUGUUAGCACAGUUUCUUUUUUUUUUUUUUUUGUUUUUUUUUAGGCACUUGUUUUGGGUACAAGGCAUUUCUGAAAUUUUAUAGACUUAAAUUUAAGGGGGAUUUUUAAAGCAAGUGUUUUUUUUUUUGUUGUUUGGGGUUUUUUUUGACCGUGUAAAGGAGGGACAGAAAAGUAACCACUUCUUGAGUGGAAUGUUCUCAUAAGCUACCUUUUGUAAGUGCCAUGUUUAUGACAUAAUCAUUCCAAGUUUUGCAUUGAUGUCAGAUUGCUACUCCUUUCUUUCAAGGACAGUGUUUUUGUAGUAAAAUCACUGGUUUAUACAAAGCUUUAUUUAGGGGGUAAAGUUAAGCUGCUAAAACCCCAUGUUGGCUGCUGCUGUUGAAAUACUGUGCUUUGGGAGUAAAAAAAAAGUUAUUUGUCUUAAAGAAUUUUAAGAAAAUGAGUUAGGAGACUUAUUCAUCUUUCCAGGGAACAUACUGAUUGGUCUUAAAGACUAGACAGUUAGGUAAAUGGUGGCUGGAACAUCUAUUUUUCUACAAAACUGGAAGAAUGAACCCGGUUCUAGAAGAAUGUAUGACAAAAUAAAACAUGUGAAGCAGUAUUGAGUCUUUAUUGGGAGUACAUUUGUUUCAGGUUUUUAAAAAGAGUUUUAUUUUACAUAGCAAAUUUAAAAUAUAAGGGAGUGUAUUUGAACCUAGUGAAUUUGUUUCUUACAAACUUAAAAGUACAAUAGUAUUUAUUUUAAUAUUGUACUUGGGAAAUGCAUGCACACUUUAAAAAAAAUUAUAGCCUAAUGAAAUUUCUAAAAUACAUACUACCUUUCAUCCUUCUUAAGUUCUAUUACCAAAUAAUGUGUCUUACAAAAUAUUCUUCAAGAAACUCAGUUUUGCGUUUAUUCAGUGUCUGAGAAAAUAGUAGCUACCAAUAAAUAAAUAUCUAAAGAAUGAUCACAUUUCUAACUUCUUUUGCAGAGCCUUGAUUACUCAGCAAGGCUUUAAGGUCUGUGGUAAUUUAAAUUGUCUGUUACUGUCUGCAGCCAACAAAUCAAGAAUUAUAUUCAGAAUUUACAAAGGUAUUUUUGGGAAUAUACCUAUUACAGGUUUCACUACAGUGUUUUAGAACUAACACUACAAGUUGAAUUUCAUGUUUACCUCAUGGGCUCUUUUAAGUCCACAUUACUUUCAAUUUCUAGGAUUUUGAUACCUGGAUGAUAAAGGUAGCAAGUAAUUCAUUAAGUCCUUAAAAUCAGUAUAAUUAAAAGCUCAGGUGAAGGUUUCUAAAAUAAAGUUUAAGAAAUAGAGUUCUAUCAUGACAUGUAGGAUCAGUGGUCAUGCAAAAUAACCUUAAACAUCUCACACCAAAUUCAUAAAAAGUUUUAAAAUUAGGUAAUGUAAAAGCCCAGCAUGAACACUUAAUGCAAAAUUAGACUGUAUCUUUAAAUUCAGUUAUUAAUAAACAUGGAAAGAUUCUUUGAA